GGAAUCUUCAAUUAUAAAAAUCCAAAAUGGAAUCAUCAAAAACAUAAUAUUCCCAGCUUUUCUUUCUCUUCCUCUUCAACGAGUACAGAUGAGCCCUCCCCUCCAAUCCAAAACAAGAAAAUUAAAAAAAAAAAAAGAAGUAAAAUAUGAGUAAAAUAGAAAACUCAAGAAAAAUCCACCGCCAUGUGUUAUGCUUAGCGUCCUCCAUAGUUCUUAAUCUAUUUUUGAUAUACAAAUGGUACUUGGGUGCUGGGUGGGAUCCUGCUGUGAGUAACUGGACCAGGAAAGCCGCAACAGAAGCUGAGGCUGUGGCAGCCAUCUCUUGCUCUGGCCAUGGCAGAGCCUUCUUGGAUGGCCUUAUUCUUGAUGACAAACAACAACCAAUCUGUGAGUGUAACAGUUGCUAUGGAGGUCUUGACUGCUCCCAGUUCUUCUCUGCUUGUACCGUGAAUGCUGAUGGUGGGGAUCCAUUAUUCUUGGAGCCCUUCUGGGUGCAGCAUGCAGCCAGCAGUGCAAUUGUGGUAGCAGGAUGGCAUCGGAUGAGCUACUAUUACGGUGAUCAAUCCACUACCUCGAAAGAGCUCCAGAGGCACAUUCGCAAGCUUCAUGAUAUGGUAGGCAACGCAGUAACACAAGAAAAAUAUAUUACUUUUGGUGCUGGUUCAACCCAACUCCUCAAUGCUGCAGUUCACGCUUUAUCCUCUGAUAAUGCCUCAUCCCCUGCCAGAGUUGUAGCUUCAAUCCCCUUUUACCCGGUUUAUGAAGAACAGACAGAUUUUUUCCGGUCGGUGGAUUUCAGGUUUCAAGGGGAUACAUCCUUGUGGAAAAACUAUUCAGAGGCUGGUACAGAUAUGAUUGAGUUUGUAACUUCUCCAAACAACCCUGAUGGCCAGCUGAAUAAGGCAGUUCUCCAGGGCCAAAAUGUGAAAGCAAUUUAUGAUCGUGCCUAUUAUUGGCCUCAUUUCACAGCAAUUCCAGCUCCAGCAGAUGAAGAUGUGAUGAUAUUUACACUUUCCAAGCUCACUGGUCAUGCUGGCUCUAGAUUUGGGUGGGCAGUGUUGAAGGAUAAAGCAACCUAUGAAAGCAUGGAAAGGUAUUCUGAAUUAAAUACCAUCGGGGUUUCUCGGGAGAGUCAAUUAAGAGCUCUUAAGCUCCUGAAAGUAGUCCUUCAAGGAGGAGGAAAGGAUCUGUUUGAAUUUGGACACCAAACAAUGAGGAAACUUUGGGAAAGAUUGAAUAAGAUAAUUUCAAUGUCAAAGCGUUUCUCUCUUCAGAAAAUAGCACCCCAGUACUGCAUAUUUUUCAAGAAAGUCAGGGAAGCUUCACCAGCUUAUGCAUGGGUGAAUUGUGAAAAAGAAGAAGAUAAAGACUGUUAUGAAGUUUUUCAAGCAGGCAAUAUCACAAGUCGGAAAGGUCACCGGUUCUUUGCUGGAGAUCGCUAUGUGCGCCUCAGCCUGAUCAGAAGCCAAGAUGAUUUUGAUUUAUUGCUUCACAAGCUAAACCAGUUAGUCUCCGAGGAAGAAGGUUCAGAAAGUAUUUGAAGAAUGUGAUGUAUAUAUUCAUAGGUCCUGUCUGUUUCACUAUGUAUGUCACUUGCAGAGGUCAUGUCCGUUGACCUGAUGCUCUAUUUUUAUAUUUCUUUAAGGGGUCAUGUCUAUCGACCUCUUUCCCUUGUGUAUCUGUAUCACUCGAAGAGGUCAUCUCUAUUGACCUGUUUCUCUUGUCUAUCUGUGUCACUUGAAGGGGUCAUCUCUUGUGAUAUACCUGUAUUUUAAAAAGAUAUGUAUCUAUUGAGCUGCAUUGCAUUUA